AUGGCGCAGGCCAAUGGAAAUGCCAUGCAUAGACCGCGAGUGGUUAUUGUCGGAGCAGGGCUUGCCGGAAUUUCAGCAGCUAUAGCCCUCAAAAAACAACUGGCGUACGACAAUUUUAGAAUUUAUGAAAGAGCGUCCGGAGUUGGGGGAACCUGGCGGGAUAAUACUUACCCAGGAUGCGGUGUCGACGUCCCUGCUCAUUGGUAUAGCCUUUCAACAGAGCUCAAUCCAAACUGGUCCUCCCGUCUAGUUUCUCAACCUGAGAUCAAGCGGUACUGGCAACGUCUCUUUGAGAAGUAUGAUCUAGAGAAACAUACAACCUUCAACCAUUCGGUCGUUCUGUCCACAUGGAACGGGGAUACAAACCGAUAUACCAUAACCCUCCGUGACGAGCUCACUGGCAUCGACAGCCAGAGGGAAGCGGAAAUUCUGAUUUAUGCCAUUGGGGGAUUCAUGACUCCUGUUUUUCCAGAGGACAUUCCGGGUACAGAGACCUUCAAGGGAACGACCUUUCAUUCUGCGAGGUGGAGGCAUGAUGUAGAGCUAAAAGGACAAAGGGUCGCAGUCAUAGGGAACGGGUGCUCAGCGGCACAAUUCAUUCCCGAAAUAGCCAGAGAUCCUUCUGUCCAAGUCAUCAAUUUUUGCAGGACCCCUCAGUGGUUUGUACCCAGAAGGAAUCAAUCCUACUCAAGGCUGGUCAGAUGGAUUUUCGCUUAUGUUCCGUUGUUGAUGCGCAUGUAUCGCAACUGGAUCAUGGCUACUAGCGACCUGACCUAUCUAAUAUUCCGAAAAUCCAACAAACGUCUGUUGUGGCUUGUCAGAAAGAUGCUCACGCGAUACAUCAAGAGGAAUGUUUCUCGAGAUAUGGGAGACAGUAUGAUCCCAAAUUACCCCCCAGGGUGUAAACGGAUAAUCAUAGAUCCUGGGUAUUUGAAAGCUCUCAGACAGCCGAAUGUGGAGGUGAAAUGGGACCCAAUCGAAUCUGUUGUGCCAGAAGGGCUGCGACUCCGUUCUGGAGGGGUUGUUCCAGUCGAUGUGAUCAUCUUCGGGACGGGAUUCUCUGUCGAACCAAGGCUCAAUGCCAGAGGGGUUGACGGCUUGUCGAUGAGAGAAUAUUUCCGCUCGCAAGGAGGUGCUACAGCAUAUCUCGGUUCUGCCAUACCAGGUUUCCCCAAUCUUUUCGUGCUUCUCGGUCCCAAUGUGGCAACGGGGCAUGCUUCGGUUAUAUUUAGCCAAGAAUGCCAGAUCCAGAUGGCUCUUAAACUCAUUAAACCGGUCAUUAAAGGAAGGAUUCAGUCCGUUCAAAUCACGGAGAAGGCAACCGAGGACUACAACAGCUGGCUACAGAGCCGCCUUGAUGACUCAGUGUGGAAGGAAUGCAAUUCGUAUUAUCACGUCGCAAACUCGAGUCAGAGCAAGUUGAUUGCCACUUUCCCGGGACCAGUGACGCUGUUCUGGUUGUUAACAAGAUCGAUCAAGAAGGAGGAUUGGAAGGUCACUGGGGCAAAGAACAGUGACUGGUUAGAGGAAAGACGAUCCAGUGGUAUUCUCGCUAGUUUGGGUGUUGUGGCCGUCUCAGCGCUAUUGUGUUUGUAUGUAUACAAGUAG